AAACAGUAAUUGUUAAAGCUGGUUUUGGUUUUAGUCUCGUGCAGUGCUUAUUAAAUUGCUCGGUUGCGGUGAUAGAACGUAACUCAACAGUAAUUUCACUGCUUUUCUAGGGUUUGUCUCACUGAUAUUCUAUAAGUUUCUUAUCUUGACUGUAACAAAAACAAUAGCAACUUACGAAAGCUCACAAUACAAGACGUCCUAAUGGGUUUUUUUUAAAAUGGGGGCCUAGUAAUUUAUGUAUUUUAUUUCUUGGAAGUCACUGGUCUCAUUCCAAGUCACAUAAACCGGGGGAACUCCAAAUCACAAAGUCCGCGAAUUAACGCCAAGUUCGUGUACCUGUACUUGUUUACUAAUUUGCUGGAAAGUUUAAAAUUCCUGUAUAACAAUCUUUUUUUCCGUGUCGAUUACUCAUAUACCGAGAGACCUGCCAUAAAAAAAUGUGCAUUGCUCUAUUCUUCGACUAAGAAAAAAAUUGCCUUGGAAAAUGCCGAUCCAGUCAAAACAAAGUCUGCAAAAAGUACUCAUUGAGAAAAUUGCGUUUGUGUCUUCCUGGGAAACAAAUGAACGAAUCCUUAGCUAAUGGGAUUAUCAAACCUAUGAUUUGUGGUUUAUGCAGGAAAACGUCUUCAUAUAUCUGUCCUCGAUGUAGUAUUAAUUAUUGUUCACUGACUUGCUAUCGAAAUGAAGCGCAUAAGGACUGCUCUGAAUCAUUUUACCGAGAUUGUUGUAUUGAAUCACUGCGCUGUACCUUUUCCAAGAAGUCAGAAAGAUCACAUAUGAAAGAAGUGUUAAGGCGUGAAUCAUGUGCUUUAUCAGAUGACUUCCAGUUAGCAAAUGUGGAAUUUCAGGUAGACAAUGAUUAUACAGAUGAUAAGAAUGAGAGUAUUGAAGAUGAUUUGCCAACUCGUUUAGGUGAUUUAAAUUUGGAAACCGAAGAUGCUGAUGCCAUCUGGUCAUGUUUGACCCUGAAAGAAAAACGAGAUUUCAGUCGACUUAUUCAGUCAAAUGCUAUCGUUCAUUUCAUACCAACAUGGACUCCCUGGUGGUUAGAGCAAAAAUCAAUUAUUGUAGAAGUAAAUCAACAGAAUAUUUCAGUGGAAAAUUCGCGAGCCUUACCUAGUAUUCAAUCGUUAAGUCAACUUUUACCAUCCGGAAUAUCACCUCACCCUUCAGUUGGGUAUAUUUUAGCAGAUGUAUUAUUGGGAUAUGCUUUUGUUAUGAGAUUUUAUAAUGGUGACUACAUGGACUUAAUCGAUGAUGCAGGAACUCUUCUGUGUAAUAUAGUUUUAUCAUUCACAAAAUCUCAGACUACUUCAGUCUCAUCACUAAACACUACUACUUCUACUAAUAAUAAUUCAUCAGAUUAUUUAAAGAAAACAAGAAUAAUUAAAAGACAGAGUGUAAAUAAUCCAACUCAUCAAAUAUAUAACUGUAUAAAUGAAAUUCUUGCCGCAAUUCAAUAUAAACUUAUGGAGCUAAAUUUACCUUGCCAUCCUUCAAUUAUGAUACUAUUGCUUGAAGAUCUUAGUCAUUUAUUAGAUGAUAUUGGAUUUUGUAAUAAAGCACUGAAAGACGUGCAUAAAUUAAUAGUGAAUUUCAGAAAAUCUCUACGUGCUGUAAAUUCAAAUGAAAACUUACGAUUAAAAGCAAAUGUUGCUCAUCAUAAAUUAGUCUUUCUUCAAGCUUGCCUUGAUGAGAACAAUCAAUUGGCUAAACGUUGGCAAACAAAUGUUUUACCAAAAUUAUGUAAUCAAAUAUCUAAUGAAUUAAUUCAACGAAUUAAUGAUAUUGAAAACUCAAGUACAGAUAGACGUGAUGAAAAAUCUGCUGGUCCAAAUUGGCGCAAUAUUAUUCGCGAUGGAAAUAUUUACAAAAGUUCUUAUUGUCGUACGUUAGUCGAGUCACUUGAUACUAAUAACUAAAUGUUUUAUAAUUUUUUGAUUACCUGUACAUAAUAUACAUAUUUUAAUAUUUGCUUAUGGCAAUAAAUCGAAUAUUUUAUCAGCUUGGUAGAA